UCAAAGCGAAUUCAAUAAAAAGAAAACCGCUUUUUCUGUGCGGUGUUCUCACUUCCAACUACUCUUGAAAGUCAAGCAUAUAGAUAUAUAUAUAUAUAUAUAUGUACUAUAUGCACUUUUGUAGAUAGAUAGACCAGUGAGGCCCAGAGUUGCGAGGAUUCUUCACUUGGAAGUUGGGUUUUGGUGUAAACUUUAUAUGGUCUGAGAUGAAAUAGUUGGGGGAAGGAAAAUCAUGGGGAGAGGGAGGACAAGAAAAGUUGAGAAGGUGGUUUCGGGGGGAAGUGGGGGUGGGGGUGAAUUGAGUGGAUGUGGGUCAUUGAAUGUGCCGUCAGGGCCUGUGUUUUAUCCGAGUGAGGAGGAGUUUAAGGAUCCAUUAGAGUAUAUAUACAAGAUUAGGCCAGAAGCUGAGCCCUAUGGGAUUUGUAAGAUUGUGCCACCGAAAAGUUGGGAUCCCCCUUUCGCAUUGGACAUGGAGAAGUUCACGUUUCCGACGAAGUCACAGGCGAUUCAUCAGUUGCAAGCGAGGAGUGCGCCCUGUGAUUCGAAGACUUUUAGAUUAGAGUACGGUAGGUUCUUGGAGGAGCACUGUGGGAAGAAGGCGAAGAAACGGAUUGUGUUCGAGGGGGAUGAGUUGGAUUUGUGCAAGUUGUUUAAUGGGGUGAAGAGAUUUGGAGGGUAUGAUCGUGUUGCAAAAGGGAAGAAGUGGGGGGAGGUUUAUAGGUUCAUAAGACCUGGACAGAAGAUCUCCGAGUGUUCGAAGCAUGUGUUGUCGCUGUUGUAUCUGGAGCAUUUGCUUGACUAUGAAGAGUAUUAUUGUCAGUUGAAUAAGGAGAAAAGAAAGGGAUGCAAGAGGGGUACGAGUGGUUGGAAGAGAUGCGAACCUGUGGUUGAGGCUACAAGUGUUAAGAGACGCCGGAGUAACAAAGAAGGUGAGAGGGUUGAUGUAAUUAAAGCAGAGGAAGCUGAGCUUGAUCAAAUAUGCGAACAGUGCAGAAGUGGGCUUCAUGGGGAUGUCAUGUUGUUGUGUGACAGGUGUAAUAAGGGUUGGCAUAUCUAUUGUUUGUCUCCUCCAUUGAAGAGGAUACCUCCCGGGAACUGGUACUGUCAAGAGUGUUUGAAUUCGGAGAAGGAUUGCUUUGGUUUUGUGCCAGGCAAGCAGUUUUCACUUGAAGCUUUCAAGCGUGUGGCUGAUCGGGUGAAGAAAAAGUGGUUUGGGUCGACAGACACUUCAUGGGCGCAACUGGAGAAGAAAUUCUGGGAAAUUGUGGAGGGUUCAGUUGGUGAGGUGGAAGUGAUGUAUGGCAAUGAUUUGGACACUUCUAUUUAUGGUAGUGGUUUUCCUCGUCAAGCUGAUACAAAGCCCCAAUCGGUCGAUGGUGAUGUUUGGGAUGAACACUGCACUAGCCCCUGGAAUCUAAAUAACUUACCAAGAUUGCAAGAUUCGAUACUAAGAACUGUGCAUCAGAACAUUGCUGGCGUUAUGGUACCUUGGCUUUAUAUUGGGAUGCUAUUCUCUUCAUUCUGCUGGCACUUCGAGGAUCAUUGCUUUUAUUCAAUGAAUUAUCAUCACUGGGGAGAGCCAAAGUGUUGGUAUAGUGUUCCUGGUAAAGAUAUUCAUGCUUUUGAAAAGGUAAUGCGAAGUACUCUGCCUGAUUUGUUUGAAGCUCAACCCGACCUGCUGUUUCAGCUGGUCACAAUGCUAAAUCCCUCAGUUCUGCAAGACAAAGGAGUCCCAGUUUACAGCAUUAUUCAGGAGCCUGGAAACUUUGUUAUCACCUUUCCCCGAUCAUACCAUGGAGGCUUCAACUUUGGUUUGAAUUGUGCUGAGGCUGUCAAUUUUGCCCCUGCUGAUUGGCUACCACAUGGCGGUUUUGGAGCUGAGCUUUAUCGAUAUUAUCAUAGAGUGCCUGUUUUAUCUCAUGAGGAGCUACUGUGUGUGGUGGCUAAGAGUGAUUUGGAGAGCCGGGCAUCUACUUACUUAAAAAAAGAGUUGCUUAGAAUGUAUAGCAAUGAGAAAACUUGGAGGGAGCGGCUAUGGAAGAAUGGCAUCAUUAAAUCUUCACCCAUGACACCUCGGGUGAAGCCGGAGUAUGUUGGUACUGAAGAGGAUCCCAUGUGUGUCAUUUGCCAACAAUUGCUAUAUCUCUCGGCUGUUUCUUGCAACUGCAGGCCAUCGGCAUAUGUUUGCUUAGAGCAUUGGGAACACCUUUGUGAGUGCAAACCAAACAAACGUCGCCUUCUAUACCGUCAUACUUUGGCAGAAUUAAGUGGUUUGCUAUUUAGUGUUGGCAAGUCUGAUUCCAUAGAAGUCGCUGGUGAUUCACAGAAGGACAUGUGUACAGCAAAAGUAGUAGCGUUAACGAAAAAGGUUAAAGGUGGCCAUGUUACACAUGCGAAACUUGCUGAAGAGUGGGUUCUGAAGUCGUGUAAGAUUCUUGAGCAUCCAUAUUCCAAGGGUGCUUAUGACAGUGCAAUUAAGGAAGCUGAGCAAUUUAUUUGGGCUGGUUCUGAGAUGGAUCUUGUUAGAGAAAUAAAUAAUAACUUGAUUCAAGCACAUAAGUGGGCAGAAGAUGUGAUUGAAUGCAUAUGUAAGGUGAAAAUAUGGUCCAGUCAUCGAAACUGUGACAAAGUACAGAUGGAUCAUGUUAAUGAGAUUCUUAGACACCCUGCUCCUUGCAAUGAGCCAAGCCACCUUCAGUUAAAGGAAUAUCAAGAAGAGGCUAAUACGCUGAUUCAGGACAUUAAUUCUGUUCUGACUUCAUGUUCCGAAUAUUCUAUUUCUGAUAUGGAGUUCUUAUAUAAGAGGGCUGUUAACUCGCCAAUUCAUGUCAAGGAAUGUGAUAUACUAAACCUGAAGCUUUCUGCAAUGAAGGCUUGGUUGGAUACUGUGACAAUAUGCCUCUCUCAGGAAUCUACUUCUCCGGUGGGGGUAGAUGUACUUUACAAGUUAGAAACAGAGAUGUUGGAGUUAAAGCUACAGCUUCCUGAAGCUGAUAUGCUUUCUGGUUUGGUAGGGCAAGUCAAGCUUUGCCUAUCCCAGUGCAAUGAGAUGUUGAAAGGAAAAAUUUGCCUGAAGGAUGUGAAACUGUUUCUCAGCCAAUGGGAGAAUUUGAAUGUUAAAAUUCCAGAGCUAGAACUUCUGAAGAAAUUUUAUAAUGAUGCAAUAUCAUGGAUUUCACGUGUUGAUCUUGUCCUUACAAAUGCUCAUGAGCGAGCGGAUCAGGACAAUGUUGUUGCUGAGUUGACCACCCUUCAGAGGGAUGGGGGGUUGCUUCAAAUUCAAGUUGAUGAGCUACCUCUUGUUGAGGUGGAGCUUAAGAAGGCACAGUGCCGUGUGGAAGCACUUAAGGUACUUAAUUCUCUAAUGUCCAUGGACUUCAUCAAUGAGCUGAUAUCAGAGGCAGCCAUGCUACAGAUUGAUAAAGAAAAACUAUUUACUGAUAUCUCCGAAAGGCAUUCUGUUGCCAUGGGGUGGGAAGAUAAAGCUAAACAUGUUCUUGCUAGCAGGGCACCUCUAUCAGACUUUGAGGACAUGUUGAGGACUUUUGAUCACAUUGGCAUGAUUCCACCAUCACUUCUUGAUGUAAAAAAUGCUGUGUCAACUGCAAAGGCUUGGUUGGUGAAGGCUAAACCCUUCCUAUUUCAGGAUACAUCUGAUGUACCGCCUCCUGAUUUUUUUCUCCAAGUUGACACGUUGAAGGACUUAGUUUUGGAAUCAGAGAAUCUGAAGGUGUAUAUGAAAGAAUGUUCACAACUUGAAGAAGUCUUGAAGAAGGCCAUUGGAUGGGAGCACAAUGCCAGUUCUAUAUUGCAGAAUGCAGAGCACUUAUACAACAUUGAUGUUGUUGAGGGCAUUUCUGACUGUUUUAUUUUCAAAAUAGAACAGAAAGUUCUUUCAAUGGAUUCUGCCUUGAGAGAUGGUAUUUCUCUUGGUCUCAAGUUCAACUUGAUUCCAAAACUCGAAGAUGCUUGUUCCAUAACCAGAUGGUGUAUUAAGGCACUUUCUUUUCCUAUUAAUAUUCCUACUCAGAAGGAAGUUGAGAUGAUGUUGGAAGCUUCCGCCAAUUUUCCUGUGAUGUAUAAGUCAUGUCCUCUGGUGACUGCAUUAUCUGAGUGCUUAAGUUGGCUUAUGAAAUCCCUUGACAUUCUGGAUUCCGAUAGUCAUGAACAAGUUGAAGUCAGUUUCGUUGAGGAGCUUCUUGUUCAAUCUAAGAAAAUAUGUAUCUCAUUUCCAUCAGUUAUUUGUCGCCUUGGGGAUGCAAUUCAGAAUCACAAAUUAUGGCUGGAGCAAGUGCAUCAUUUUUCAAGGCUCAGCCUUGAAGAGCGCUCAUGGAAUAUGCUCACACAGCUAAAGGAAUGUGGGAGUUCUAAGGCAUUCAGUUGUGUGGAGCUAGAGAUGAUUUGUUUAGAAGUGGGGAAGGUUAUAAAAUGGAAACAACAAUGUGCAGACAUUAUUAAGCCCCCAUCCGCUGAAGAAAAUGCACUUCACAGUGCUUUAAUAACGUUAAAAGAUAAUGUUGAGAAAUCAGUUGCGAUUUAUGGAAAUAUGGAGCAUGGGAAAUCACGACAUCUGUGCUUGUUCUGUUCAAUUUCAAUUGAGGGUAGAGAGACUUUGACAUGUUCAAUUUGCAAGGAUAGUUUUCAUUUGCAGUGUACUGAAAUAUCUUGGGAAGACUCAGUGGCCUUUGUUUGCCCACUCUGCAAUUUCUUCAAUAAUUUUAGACUUCCUCAUAAAGGAUCCAAUUCUCUGAGAGCUGGAAAGAAACAUCUUGAUUUGGAUAAGCUUUCUGCUCGUCUCUCUGAUGCCAGUGAUCUGUACAUACGGACUGAGGAACAGGGUAUACUACACCAAAUUGUUGAGAAAGCAUAUGCCUGCAGUGUUUCCUUAUCUGAAGUUGUGAAUUUUGCUUUAGCUUAUGUUGGCAAAGAUCUUGAUGUGGUCAAUCGAAAAUUGUGCCUUGCACUAAAGGCAAUCAAUAUAUCUGGCAUAUGUGAUGCUGAGGGGUGUCAGAAAUUUGAUCUUGCACUGGAUAGACAUUCAUGGAAAGCCAGGGCUGAUAAAAUAUUGGGAAGUCCGGGAAAGCCAACCCUUCGAAGAGUUCGACAUCAUUUGAAAGAAGGUCUGGCAUUAAACAUUCCCCCGGAAGAUUACUUCAGACAAAAACUGACAGCAUUGAGGGACAUGGGCUUGCGGUGGGCUUACACGGCCAAGAAGGUCUCGGUGGAUGGUGGAGUGCUUGGGUUGGAUAGAGUUUUUGAACUUAUUUCAGAGGGUGAAUGUUUACCGGUUGAUUGUGUAGAGGAGCUUCAGUUACUGAGGGAUCGAAGCAUGCUUUACUGCAUCUGUCGAAGGCCUUAUGACGAAAGAGCUAUGAUUGCUUGUGAUAAAUGUGAUGAAUGGUAUCACUUCGACUGUGUUAAAAUUACUUCAGCUCCAAAGACAUACAUUUGUAUUGCAUGUAGCCCUCAUUCCACCGAAGAUAUGCGCGCAUCUGCGCCAACGACUCAGGACAGAUUUACCGGAGGAAAAUUCGAAGAGCCUCAAACUCCUUCAAGACGAUCAGAACUAAAGAUGAGCUCGCAGAAACCCAAAUGCAUCUCAAAGAAGAUAAUUAAGCCAAUGGGCAUUAGCAAUGAUUUCCCGAAGAAAUUAAGUAGCAAUGACAAACUAUUGUGGAGAAACAGGAAGCGAUUUAGAAGGGUUGCUCGGAAACGUUCAGAUCUUCAAUCUCUAUCCCCAUUGUUAUAUGUACAGAACAAGGGACUAAUGUAGACAGAUUCUAUCAAUCAAUUUAUUCAAUUGAUUUUUUUGUAGCAGAACUUGGUCCCUCAAGGCGCACCGGAUCUCAUCACUCAACAAACAUUACCUUCGCCUGGGUGCCGCUAGGCUGGAUUAUACAUUUGGUUCUGGAACAAUUGCAGGGCUUCCCAAUAAAUAGGUCAGUUAAGUUUUUAAGUAUUCGUGGGCGACUUUGCCAACUUGACAUGAUUCAGUGAUCGAAUAAUCAAGUUAUGACAAUCUCUUUGACUUUUAAAAUUAGUAUAGUUCAUUUGUGGCAUCCUGUAGUUUUUCUGCUUUAUUUUUAUCUGUUCUUACAGGAACAAUUGGUUUGAAAAUGCUAUGAAGUUGUCAUAUUUCAGUAUUUCGGAA